CUGAUACGCUAUUGGAGCUGUCACUCAAAUUGUGGCGCACUGACUGGAUGCAUGCAUGCGCGGGUGUAAAGACAAGGGAUACAAAGUUCUAUUGCUGAAAAGAAAAAGUGACUGCCUAAUCUUAAAUGUAAGAAAAUUUGCUUUGUUUUUUUCCCCAACUUUAAUUGAAAGCAACCCUGAAACGGUUCUUAGAGAAAGCAAAGAGUAAUGGCGGAGUGGAGAGAGUACUAUCGAAACGAAGACGAUGAGGUUGAGGAGGACGAAGAGGAUUCUGGAGGUGAUUACAAAAUCAGUGGCCGCGACAGUCUGGUAUUUUUGGUUGAUGCAUCCAAAGAGAUGUUCAUUAAGGGUGAGGAUGGAGAGCCAUCAAAUUUUGACAUGACUAUGCAGUGUGUACGUAGUGUGUACACUAGUAAGAUCAUAAGCAGUGACAAAGACAUGGUUGCUUUGGUGUUCUAUGGGACUGAGCAGAGCAAGAAUCCAAGAAAUUCCUUCAAGCAUGUCUACGUCUACCACGACUUGGAUUCACCUGGAUCUCAACGUGUACUGGAUAUUGAUAAACUGCUGGGUGAGAAAGGAGCUCAAUUCGCUGAAAACACCUUGGGCUGUGGGGAAACGUCCCUCGGAGAAGCUCUGUGGUGCUGCUCCAACCUUUACAGUGACAUCAAGUUGCGACUGUCACACAAGCGCCUGAUGAUCUUCACUUGCAGGGAUGACCCUCAUGGAGGAGACGGUGCUAAAGACAGACAGGCUCGUACAAAGGCUGCUGACCUUAAAGAGACAGGUGUGGUCAUAGACUUGAUGCACCUCACAAAGCCAGGAGGUUUUGAUGUUUCCCUGUUCUUCUGUGACAUUGUAAGCCCUCCAGAGGAUGAAAGCGAGCUUGGCAUUCAGAUUGAGCCCUGCAGGAAACUCCAGGACUUGCAGAAGAGGGUCAGAGCUAAAGAGUUAAAGAAAAGAGCUCAAAGCCGGUUAACAUUCUCUCUCGGAGAAGGUGUCAAUCUGGCAGUCGGCGUGUAUGUGUUGGCCAGGACUGCCAUGAAACCUUCUGCUGUCAAGCUUCACAGAGAUACUAAUGAAGCAGUGCGUACUAAAACCCGUUACUUCCAUGCCCAUAAUGGGGGUAUACUUUUACCAAAUGAUAUGAAGAGGUCACAGGUUUAUGGGAAGAAACAGAUUGUGAUGGAAAAGGAUGAGGUGGAUGAGAUUAAGAAGUUUGAUGAUCCAGGUUUGGUUCUGAUGGGGUUUAAGCCCAUGGACCGUCUCAAACUGCAUCAUCAUAUAAGGCCCGCUCUCUUCAUAUACCCUGAGGAAGAGCAGAUAUCAGGCAGCUCCAGUAUGUUUACAGCUCUGCUUUUAAAAUGCAGUGAAAAAAACGUAUUUGCAUUGUGCAGAUACAUCCCUCGUCGUAACACUCCACCUCGGUUUGUGGCACUAGUUCCCCAGAGAGAAGAACUGGAUCAGAGUCAAACCCAGGCAACACCUCCAGGCUUCCAUGUGAUAUUUCUUCCCUUUGCUGAUGACAUACGCACUGUGGAUGCUCACAUGGGUCCCACAGCCUCUGAUGAGCAGGUGGACAAGAUGAAAGAGAUUGUGCACAAGCUCCGCUUUAAAUACAAGAGUGAUGCAUUUGAAAACCCAGUGCUACAGCAGCACUACAGGAACCUGGAGGCUUUGGCUCUGAAUAUGCUUGAACCUGAGCCCAUUGAGGAUUUAACAAUGCCCAAGGUACAAAUGAUGGAUGCUCGUCUUGGUCCACUGACUCAAGAGUUCAAAGAUUUAGUCUAUCCUGAUGAUUAUAACCCAGAAGGGAAGCCUGCAGCUAAACGCAAAACUGCUGAAUCUGGUGGUGGUGGUGCUGAAAAGAAGCCAAAAGUUGAGAUGUCACAGGAUGAGCUGAAAAACCAUGUGGCAAAGGGCACCUUGGGAAAACUAACAGUGCCUGUGCUAAAAGAUGCAUGCAAGCAGUUUGGAAUACGUACAACAGGAACCAAGAAACAGGAGCUUAUAGAUGCCCUGACCAUGCACUUCUCCAAAUAAAAAUUCUUAAGGCCUUGCCCAUAUUUGAGGGGUGGGGGGAAACCUUGAUUACAUACUUGUUCAUAGAAUAAAUACAGAAAGCUUUGUAUUUCUACACAUUCUAAAUAACUUUCCUGUCUAAGCAAAAUUCUGUUCAGCAUUGUGAUCAUUGUCAUAAUGGAUAUAAUAAAAGCUUGAAUUUUGUAAUUUUGA